AUGCAUUUCACCAAAGCUCUCCUGUUUACCGCCGCGGCUGUCGCGCCCUUGGCGUCCGCUGCAGCGCAAGCUGAACCGACAACCACCAUCACCGUCAAGCUGAUGAGCGUUGGCGCUUCUUCGACUCCUACACCGUCCCCCAGCAGCAGCAGCAGCGUCGUCAGCGUGACUCCAAGCAGCAGCAGCCCCUCCAUUCGACCCACCGGUGGCAUCUAUCUCCCCGGCUCCGGCCGCUGGAACUCAACCAGCUCUUCGAUCGUCAAGGUGACAGUCCCUGCCACCGUCAGUGGCCCCUCGCAGACAAACGCUGCUGCCUCCGCGGCCUCGUCGGCACCAUCCCAGGGCGGCGCCGCUUCCUCGAUCAACUUCUCCGGCCCCCUGACUGCUGUUGCCAUGGCUCUCGCGGGAUUUGCCAUGUUGUAA